AUUCUAUUGUCCAGGCGGUAAGCGGCGUUGCUGGGGGAACGAUAGUGUUUUGUAUUGUGCUUGGUGUAGUUUUGUUUCAUCAAAACAAAGCAAACAUGGCCAAGAAGAAACGCCGGCGUCAAGUGCCCAUGCAUCGAGUCAGUAAUAAGGAUAAAAGCUAUCUAGGAAAACCAGAAGUCAGCAAGAAUCAGUCAGCCAAAGACUCGGAGAAAUCCACACCUGGGACAUCAAUUGCAGUGACAGAUCAGGCAGUUAUUGAAAAGAAUUCUAUAGAGUUCAAAACCGAUGAGAAUGAAGAGGAUAAGAAACAAACACCCAAAGUGAAAGUAGAUGUGGCUGGACCUACAAGCAAUGGCAACAUGACCAAAGCAGAGGACUCGAAAGAAACAACUGUGGUCAGAAGAAAUGCAAAUAAAUCGUAAACGGACUACCAUUUCAAAUGUAGGGUCUCGUGAAUUUUUUCAUUUCUUUUUUAUAAGAAAAGGAAACCGUUAAAAAGUUGGAAUAAUAUUUCUCAGAUGAACAGUGAGGAGAAAGUGAACGUUAUAUAAUUGCAAGUUAUUCGUAAUGUAUCAAGUUACCUUUAGUAUAUAAUCAUUCAAAGGUCUUUAACUUUAUUUGUUUCAAGAUUAGCCUUGAAAUGAAAAUUGUUGUCUCCCCUUUUCUCUGUAUGUUUGGUAAAUCUCUAAUUAUUAUGUUAAAUUCGAUGUAAAU